UUGUCCAAAAAACCGUUUCACUUUAUGACACCUUGACCGGUCUGCGAAUAAAAGUAAUUUGAAAAAUUGUCAAUUAGUUAUAAAGAUUAUUUCACUUGAAUUUCUUGACCUGCAAUUACCAAGAGCGCUUCAACUAUUAGGAAUUUUGGCCAACCACCUGUUGUUUGCCCACCACCAAAAUGGCCCAAACUGUGAAAUUGCAGAAGAAUUACUCUUCUGCUGUUAUCCAUUUAUUCGGAGCAACAUUAACAUCUUGGGAACCAUGUGGAGUAGAAGCCUUAUUUGUUAGCCGGGAAUCAUAUUUUGACAAUCAAAAGCCCAUUAGAGGAGGAGUGCCUGUUGUUUUUCCUCAGUUUGGGCCUUGGCAAUAUGGUCCUCAACAUGGAUUUGCUAGGAGAACAAAAUGGUCUAUUAAAGAAGGAGCUGGUGACAAUAUUUCUGAUACUGUGACCCUUGUGCUUGAAGACUCUGAUGAAACUCGAAAAAUCUGGGAUUACAAAUUCAGAUUUGAAUACACCUUCACAUUGAAAACAAAUAAUGAAAUCAAAAUGGAGGCUUUUAUUACAAAUACAGAUGAAAAGGAAUUUGACUUUACAUUUCUUCUACAUACAUACAUAGCUGUAUCAAAUGUAAAAGACAGUGCAGUAAUUGGUUUACAAGGAUGCAGUUACAUUGAUAAGGUUAAUGACAAUACUGAGUGUGUUGAUUUAAAGGAGGAAUUGAGGAUAUAUGAAGUUACUGACAGAGUGUAUAAGAACACUGCAUCAGUUAUUAAAAUUAAACCUAUAUCUGAUGAUAGAGAAAUGACCAUUGUGAAGUUUAACCUUCCAGAUACAGUUGUUUGGAACCCAUGGCAAGUGGGAGCCAAGACAAUGAAAGACUUUGGAGAUGAUGAAUGGAAAUAUAUGAUUUGUGUUGAAGCAGGUUAUGUUCACAGUCCUUACAUUCUAAAACCAAAACAAUCUUACAACGCUUCUCAAAUAUUAACAGUUUCUAAAAUAGACAACAAAAAGUUUGUUGAUUAUUAAACCCUGGGAGAUUUUCAAUAUCGGAGAAAAAUAUUUUCAUAACUGCAAAAAUUUUAGACUUUUGCAGCUUGUUAAUAGCUUUCCUGCUUUGUAGAGUAAAGGUGUACUUAAAUUUAUUGAUAUCUUUGUUACCUUCAUCUUUUAUAUAUGUAUUUGUAUGUUAUAUUGUUAUGCAUUUAAUAAAGUGUAUUUUUCAAUUUA